ACUCAAAACUUAUAUCACAACGCCGACUCUGGCAAAUGGUUAUUAGGCUUCCGUAUUGGGCCCCAAAACUAGCCAUAGAACGAACCCUAGAAAUUGUGCAAAAAGAAUCGCGAUCCCCAAUUUCAUCCAACCAGAGGGAGACGUGCAUCAUCUCAAAUCGAUUUCAUCGAUUAUCGAGUUGUUCAAGCUUGAUUCUUGAUCUUUCGUCAAUUUCGUCCAUCCGGACUGUAUAAAUCUCAGGGUAUACGGGAGUGAAUUGGUUCUUGUUAGAUUUUUGUCUCAAUGGCAGCUUUGAAGGAGCUUUUGCCACCUGCAAAAUCAUCUUCUGCUACUUUCUAUGAUCACUCAAGUGAUCCAUGGUUUAAGCAAAGAUACAGUGCCCCAACAGAACAAGAGAGCGCCGAGGUUGUUAAAAAUGACCUUAUCCCGUUGUAUAACACACCAGAACGGUUGAAGUAUCGACCAUCAAAAGCACAAGACUAUGGUGACGGUGGAGCUUUCCCUGAGAUUCACUAUGCACAAUAUCCUCUGGAUAUGGGUAGGAAGAAGGAAGCUUCUGGGCCGAAGACAUUGCCUGUUACCGUUGAUAACCAUGGUAACUUGACGUUCGAUGCUAUUGUGAAGCAGAACGAAAAUGCUUUAAAGAUCGUCCAUUCACAGCACAAAGAUCUUGUUCCAAAGAUUUUGAGAGAUGAUGAAGAGGAAGAGGAGGAUGAUGAGAAGCAGAAAGAGAUUGAUGAAAUCACACAGCAGACAAAAUCAGCUCUCGAGAAGAUUGUGAAUGUGAGAUUAAGCGCAGCACAGCCAAAAAAUGUUCAGACUCAAUCUCAAGAUUCAAAGUUCAUCAAAUACAAACCUUCACAGCAAUCAGCUGCAUUUAAUUCAGGUGCAAAGGAGAGAAUCAUUCGGAUGGUGGAGAUGCCCGUGGACCCACUAGAGCCACCAAAGUUUAAACACAAGCGAGUUCCAAAAGCUAACGGUUCACCACCCGUCCCAGUUAUGCACUCCCCUCCUCGACCCGUGACUGUGAAAGAUCAACAAGAUUGGAAAAUCCCUCCAUGCAUCUCUAACUGGAAGAAUCCCAAAGGGUACACUAUUCCACUUGAUAAACGUCUAGCAGCCGAUGGUAGGGGACUUCAAGAGGUUCAAAUCAAUGAUAACUUUGCAAAGCUUUCUGAAGCAUUAUAUGUAGCAGAACAAAAAGCUAGAGAAGCCGUUGCCAUGCGAUCCAAAGUUCAGAAAGAGAUGAUGAUGAAAGAAAAGGAAAGAAAGGAGCAAGAAUUACGUGCUUUGGCUCAAAAAGCAAGAUCCGAAAGAACCGGUGCUGCUUCUUUUCCACCACCUGCUGGCAAGCAUAACGAUAUGGAUAUUGACGAGCCCAUGAGAGGCGUACACGAAUACGAACACGAACGCGUAAAAGAGAGGGACCCACCUAGAGAAACGAAAGAGGAGAGAGAAGAGCGUCUCCAAAGAGAGAAAAUCCGUGAGGAGCGGCGUAGAGAGAGAGAAAGAGAGAGACGUUUGGAAGCCAAAGAUGCAGCCAUGGGAAAAAAGAGUAAGAUCACCAGAGACCGAGACCGUGACAUCAGUGAGAAAGUCGCACUCGGCAUGGCGUCUGCCGGAGGGGCUCGCGGUGGUGAAGUCAUGUACGACCAGCGGCUAUUCAAUCAAGAAAAGGGAAUGGACUCUGGUUUCGCAACUGACGACCAAUACAACGUCUACGACAAAGGCCUAUUCACCGCACAACCAACUCUCUCUACUUUAUACCGACCAAAGAAGGAUACCGACAACGAGAUGUACGGUGGAGCCGAAGAACAGAUGGAGAAGAUCCGGAAGACCGAUCGGUUCAAACCCGACAAAGGGUUCAGCGGUGCGGGCGAAAAGAGCGGUCCGAGAGACCGACCGGUGGAGUUCGAGAAGGAAGUGGCUGAGGAAGCUGAUCCAUUUGGUUUGGACCAGUUUUUGACGGAGGUUAAGGGAGGGAAGAAAGCAUUGGAUAAAGUCGGGAGUGGUGGAACGAUGAAGGCGAGUGGUGGGUCGUCGACACGAGAAGGGUAUGAAGGGUCCGGGAGGAGUCGAAUUGGGUUCGAAAGGGGGCGAUGAACGAAGAGUUGUUUAUGCAUUAAAGACUUGUAUUUUUGGUUGUUUGUUUUGUACCCAUGACUAUGGAUGGAUUGGGUAGUAGUUUGUUGUAUUGCUACUUGCCAGAAACUCGGUUGAAAAUAAUUAUCAAAGACUGUUACGUUUGUAUCAA